UCCCGCGCGACUACCUGCGAGGGAGAUCAUGGCGGCGUUGGGCAGUGUCCGCUGGCUGACCCGAGCGUUGGUCGCCGCCCCGAACCCUGGGGUAUGGAGGGACCUGGGCACCUCAGCUACGUCGUGCGCCGCUUCUCGGAGCCAGGCCGAGGACGCGAGGGUGGAAGGCGCCUUUCCCGUGACUAUGCUGCCGGGAGAUGGAGUGGGACCUGAGUUGAUGCAUGCCGUCAAAGAGGUGUUCAAGGCUGCCGCCGUCCCGGUGGAGUUCCAGGAGCACCACCUCAGUGAGGUGCAGAAUAUAGCAUCUGAGGAGAAGCUGGAACAGGUGCUGAGUUCCAUGAAGGAAAACAAGGUGGCCAUUAUUGGAAAGAUCCACACGCCGAUGGAAUACAAGGGGGAGCUAGCCUCCUAUGACAUGAGGCUGAGGCGUAAGUUGGAUUUGUUUGCUAAUGUGGUCCAUGUGAAGUCACUUUCUGGCUUUAAGACCCGACACAACAAUCUAGACCUGGUGAUCAUUCGAGAGCAGACGGAAGGGGAAUACAGUUCUCUAGAACAUGAGAGUGCGAAAGGUGUGAUUGAGUGUUUGAAGAUUGUCACUCGAACCAAAUCUCAGCGGAUUGCAAAGUUUGCCUUUGACUAUGCCACCAAGAAGGGACGGAGCAAGGUCACAGCUGUGCAUAAGGCCAACAUCAUGAAACUUGGGGAUGGGUUGUUCCUGCAGUGCUGUAGAGAAGUUGCUGAACUGUACCCCAAAAUCAAGUUUGAGACAAUGAUCAUAGACAACUGUUGCAUGCAGCUGGUGCAGAAUCCUUACCAGUUUGAUGUGCUUGUGAUGCCCAAUCUCUAUGGGAACAUUAUUGACAAUCUGGCUGCUGGCCUGGUUGGGGGAGCUGGUGUGGUUCCUGGGGAGAGCUACAGUGCAGAGUAUGCAGUCUUUGAGACGGGUGCCAGACAUCCAUUUGCCCAGGCAGUCGGCAGGAAUAUAGCCAACCCCACAGCCAUGCUGCUGUCAGCCUCCAAUAUGCUGCGGCAUCUCAAUCUCGAGCAUCACUCCACCAUAAUCGCAGAUGCAGUGAAGAAGGUGAUCAAAGUCGGCAAGGUGCGGACUCGAGACAUGGGCGGCUACAGCACCACAUCUGACUUCAUCAAGUCUGUCAUCGGCCACCUGCACCCCCAUGGGGGCUAGAGCCCUUUAUUUCUUCCAACCUCACAAGGACCAUGCUACUUAACACAUCCCUUCUGCACAUUGGACCAGACUUAGACAGUGGACCAUAAAUCACCCUUCUGGGCAGAGCCUAGAUUGUCCUGGGUCUGGGUUCCUUAGGAACUGUUUUGGGUGAUGGGUUCGUUAGGGAUGGGGGCUCAAGCCACAGACAUCAUGACCAUUCUCCCCCACAGGUUCGAACCUCUGACAUGGGUGGUUAUGCCACCUGCCACGACUUCACUGAGGCUGUCAUUGCUGCCCUGCCUCGCUAAUAAUCCUGCCUGCACCCAUGUAAGGUGCUCAAUAAAACACAUG